CAUCCCCCCCCCCUCCCCCAAAAAAAAGAAGCCCUCCGGGGGUCUCCCACCCCCCCCCCCAUGGACGCCCCCCACCACCCCCCCCCGCGAUGGACGCCCACCCCGUUUGGGGGUCCCAGCACGGAGCAGAGGCGGUUGCGGUUCCGGCAGUUCCGUUAUCAGGAGGCUGCGGGGCCCCGCGCUGUGUGUUGGAGGCUUCGGGAGCUCUCCCGGCGUUGGCUUCGCCCGGAACGGAGGAGCAAAGAGCAGAUCCUGGAGCUGUUGGUUCUCGAGCAGUUCCUCAGCAUCCUUCCCGAGGAGAUCCAGAGUUGGGUGUGGGUACGGCACCCCCAGAGCUGCGCGCAGGCGGUGGCGUUGGCUGAGAGCUUCCAGACGGGAUGGGAGAAGCAGGUGACGGUGCGUGUGAAGCUGGAGGAGGUGCCCCCAGGGAACACGGAGGACCCCGAGGUGGUGCUGGACCCCCCCAGCCCCCCACCAGAGCCCACUGGUGAUGAGUGGUGGGAGGGCAAUGGCAGGUCGGACCCUGAGGAGGAGGAGGAGGAAGAGGAGGAAGAGAGAAGUUUGCAGGAAACAGCAGGUCCCACCGCAGCCAGCACAGAGCCAGAGGACCCCAUUCUGACAACCCAAGACCCCCCACAUCCCCCCAGCAUCCCCCAAGGAGGCCCCACCACCAGGACUCCCACGCAGACCGAGACCCAUCGCCGCCCCAGAGCGAUCCCAAAGGAUCCCACUGCCUUCCCACCGCCCCAAACACCACCCAGACCAACGGAGGACACCGGGAACACUGAGAAACCAUGGGCGAAACCACCAGAACACGGCAAGGAGCGUCCCUACCCAUGUGGGGAAUGCGGGAAGACCUUCGGCCGCCUGACCCACUUGAAGACCCACCAGCGGACCCACACCGGGGUGAAGCCCUACGCCUGCGGCGCGUGCGGCAAAAGCUUCGGCCACCUCUCCACUCUCACCACCCACCAGCGGCUGCACACCGGCGAGCGGCCCUACGCCUGCGGGGCAUGCGGGAAGACCUUCACCAACCCAUCGGACCUCAACAAGCACCAGAGGUCGCACACGGGAGAGCGGCCCUACCCCUGCGCCGCGUGCGGGAAGCGCUUCAGCCAGCAGUCCAACCUCACCAUGCACCAGCGCAGCCACACCGAGGAGCGGCCGUACCCCUGCGGGGUCUGUGGGAAGAGCUUCAAGUACCUGGCGGACCUGACGGUGCACGAGCGCUCACACACGGGCGAGAGGCCCUUCCCCUGUGCUCAGUGUGGGAAGAGCUUCAGCAAUAAGUCCUCGCUCGCCCGGCAUACGCGGAUCCACGCGCGGGCGGCCACCAGGGACAAGUGAUGGUGGGUCGGUGGUGGGAUUGGGGGUCUGGGGGAGGUGAGGAGAGGAUGAUCCACCAGGAAUCGUUGUUGGGGUUGCAAGCAUAGCUAGGGGUGAAGAUGAGCUGAUUGUUGAGGCUCCGAGGAUGGUUGGCGACCUCCAAGGUAGCCCAGGAGGCCCUGAAGCUGCGCAGUACUGAAGAAGGGAUCCAAUUCUACGUGUUUGAAAACUUGGUAGACCCAGGAUACAACGACUUAGUCCCAGAGAAGAUGGAACAUGGGUGAGGGUGAAGAGGAGGUGAUGGCUGAUGUCCCUCGAGAGCUUGGUGGCUCCAGAACUUUGUUCCCUGGACCCAGAGGAGAUACAACACGGACGAAGGUGAAGAUGACCUGAUGUCUCCCAUGAGCCUGGUGGCUCCAUGAUGCAGCUCACUGGUCCCAGAGGAGAUGUAACGUGGUUGUGGACCAUCAGAAGAUGAUCUGAUGGUUGAUGUUCUCCAUGAAUUUGGUAUGUGACUCCUUUAGUCUCAGAGGAGACAGAAAAUGGAUGAGGCUGAAGGCGAGCUGAUAGUUUAUGUCCUCCUAAGUGCUUGGUGACUUCAAAACUUUGUUCCCUGGAUCCAAAGGAGAUAAAACAUGAAUGAAGGUGACAACAAGCUGAUGGUUGAUGUCUUCCAAGAGCCUGGUAGCCCCAAAACAUGUCUCCUUUGUCCCAGAGAUGUAAUGGAUGAGGGUGAAGAGCUGAUGGUUGAUGUCCCUCAAGAUGGAUGAAGGUGGCAAUGAACUGACAGUUGAUGUCUUUUAUGAGCCUGGUGGCUCCAGGACUCGAUUCUUUAGUCCUAGAGGAGAUUCAAUACGGAUGAGGGUGAAGGUUGAUGUCCUUCAAGAUCUUGGUGGCUCCAAAAUCUGGUUUUCUGGUCCCAGAGGACCAUCCAGCAUGGAUGAAAUGUCUGAUGGAUGAUGUCUGCCAUGAGUUCUUUGGUCUCACCUCCACACACCCCCCCCUCAUCUCCACCACCAGGACACCCCAUCCCCUCCAGCUGAGCAUUUCCAGACAAAUCCUACUGUUUUUCCCCCCCAGUAUUUAUUCAUUGUCACUACUGCAGCGAGUGACAUCCUCCUCCCCAGGCCUUAACGCUCCAGCACCGACCUACCUCAUGGACCACUUGACAUGCCCAGGGCUCCACGCCUCCUCCCUACGGGUUCACCCCGCUUUCUCCCCUCCCCAUGGCUAUAACAAAAGUUUUACCCAUUUCUCUGCA